AUGUCUAUCAGAAACCUCGCCCUCCUCGCCCUCCUCGGCCUUGUCAACGCCCAAGACAAGAUCGGAUUUGGUCCACACUUCUUCCCUCGGCCCUACCUCGUCAUGGAUCCCCCACAGAAAGACCGUCUUGCUCUCUGGCCCGGUAUGGGAACAAGCGGUGGUGAUCUGAUCCAGGCUCUUGCCGUUUCUUUCUCCGACCCUGCCGCCAACUGUGGCGCAACAGCUGGGCAAUGGUGCACAUGGGCUAGUACCCUUCAAGGCACCCAGCUGGGCGGCAAGCAGGUCCCUGCCAAUGCUGGUGAUGAGGUCACAAUGCAUUACAAGUACAAUGACGACACCAGCAAGUUUGACCAGACUGUCUCCAUUAAUGGAGAGGUCGUGUCGACUCUUUCAACCAGCUCCGGCCAGGCACAGGGUUGGGGUACCGCUGUCGAAUGCCAGGAUGAUGCCUGCAAGGGUACUGCUGCAGCACACGAAUACACCGACACUACAAUCAUCCUGGAUGCCGCCGAUUCUUCCUUCGGCGACACUCUGGCUAUCAACGAGGCCACUUCUUCUGGUCUCAAGACCACCGACAACGGAAAGACUUGGACCGUGUCUACUAUCAAUGUUCAGGCUCACACCUACAACCUGUAA